UUCUUCUCCUUUCACUCUUUCUCCUCGGUCUCCUCUCCUCCAUCUGAAGUCAUGUCCUGCAGGUGGACAGCUCUGUGCGUCUCCUUCCUCCUCUUCCUCCUCCGCGUUCAGGGCAUCGAGUUGGUUCACGCUCGGUCCCUGUCUGCUCUGCCGGAUUUUGAGCUUCCAGAGGUUGAUGGUUCUGCUGUGGACGACACCUGCAGGAUUUUCCCUGACCCCACACCGGACCCCACACCGGACCUCACCACCACCAGCACCACCAGCACCACCACAGCAACCACACGUCCACCCAUCACCAGGAAGCAGGUGACUGUCAAGUCAACCAAAGACACUGGAGCACCAAUCAGACCACAGCCAGCUCCGUCAGGACCAAUCACCAACUCCAACCCUGCAGCCAUCCUCCUCUACUACCUCCUGACCAAUGGCAGAGGACGUGCAGCCGGUUCUCUCCCAGGGUUCAACAGCAAAGGCACGAGGGGAAAGGUGGGGAGCAGGCGGGGCGCAGGCUCGUCUUCGUCAGAGGACUCCAGUGACGAGAAUUAAAAUCACAUCGUGAUAAACAGAUUUUUACCUUUUGGUUUUUAAGCAGAUAAAAGGAAAAGACAGCACCUGAGGGCAAAUGUUGCAGCAUCACUGUCGUAAUAUCAGAACAUAUUUUCUAUGUUGUGGAUAUUAAAUAUUAUUUUGCACUAAAACAUUAAAGAAAAGUUUGAAUGUAUGUUAGUUUAGAGCAGAACCAACACAAACUCAAACGUCCUGUUUGAUUAACUUUGAUUUAAAAGGUGUGAGUGAUGUGUCUGCUGUGUGUGAAGGUUCAACAUAAUAAAACAAACCUAAAAACUUCUGAUCAACAGCCGAAAUACAAGGAUUAAAGAUGUUCAGUAAUAAUUUUAUUCAUAUCUGCCUUUAGGAAGUCAGCUGAGAGCAGAACAGGUGUGUUAGGGCGUGUGUUUGGGUGUGUGUGUGUGGUGUCUGUCGUCACUGUUGUGUCCGUGCUGCUGUGCUUCGGGCUGUUUGUCUUUCCUCUGGUCCUUGGUGACGCCUCUGUUGUGUUUGCCUGAGGAAACAUCGGAGGAAUCAUCGCUGUUAUCGCAGGUUUUUUCGUGCUGCAGCUUUUCACCUGCGGUUUGUGUUAUUUUGAAAAAGCUGGAGCUAAUGUUAAAAGUCAAAGUGAAGACGCUGCUGUCUGAUUGGACCAGACGGAGCCCGCCUCAUACAUUUAUUGUUUCCUGAAUAAAACGUUGGGACUAUAGGCA